UUUGCUCGCACGACAAAUGACUAUAAGAUUCGUUUCUAGACGUGAGAGGGAAAUUCUUGUUUCGUGCAGGUUCCGGCUUCAGCUGUGACGAUUAGUGACCAAGACAGCGAAAAUGGAAUGGUCAAGUGCAGAAUCUCCAGGGAUGUCAAUCCAGGAAUCGAAAAUUUUAGAGAUCUGAAUCAACUUUGGUAUCUUUUGGGAGCAAUUGGGCCAGUAGGGGUUGGUGAAAUUAGGCAACAUGGUCUCUCUGAUAAUGAUCGCCAGUCUACAGGCUCCAGGGUCGAUGUCACAGAUGCGUCCGGAACGGCCGCGGGAGGGGGAAGCGGAAUAAAUAAAAACAUUCUUGUCCACGGCGCCCUAAUGACACUUGCUUGGCUUCUGUUUGCUUUUGUGGGUUUGUUCACUGCGCGGUACAUGCGCCAGGCCUGGGAACCAAGAGAAUUGUUAGGAAAGAAGGCCUGGUUUACGGUUCAUCGAAUACUGAUGACGACAACAGUCCUGUUUACAAUUGCCGGAAUAAUUGUCAUCUUUGUUCACAUGAUGGCUUGGUCUUCGACCGCCGGCGCACAUCCAUACCUUGGUAUCAUUGUCCUCGCCUUCGCAAUUGCACAACCAACUAUGGCAGCAUUCAGACCACAUCCUGGCGAGCCCAGGCGCAACAUAUUUAACUGGUCACAUAGAUGUGUUGGUUUCAUUGCACUGAUUCUUGGAGGGGUCACCAUUUAUUUUGGAUUAUGCUUGGUCGACUUGGGAAAGCCGAAAGGACGCUCUGCAGUGAUUUGCUUCUAUGUUGGGGUGUUUCUCGUUUUCAUGUUUGAGCUGUAUCUUAUACUCUCCAAAAGCAGUCGUGCCAUGAAGUCUGGGCCAAUAAACGACAGAGAUUAUCCCAUGGAUCAACCUGGACAAGCCAAUCGAGCCCCACUGGAGCCUGAAAUGCCAACAAAGGAAAAAAUGAUUCAUACCAUGAUGUUCACUUUUGUUGUACUUUUUGGAAUAAGCGUGGCACUAACCAUAAUCUUGCUCAUGGUGCUGAAAUAGUCUGCAUCACAGCUGCGACUCUGAAACAGUUCCAUUUCGUGGACCUCGAAGAAAACGAAAACCAGUUUCCUUAUUUGAAGGAAGUUAAGAUGCGAAUAUUUACAUAUUAUUGUAGAAAUCCAUUAAAUUGGUUUUCAAACAAAUUGUGAGAUAGUUUUUUUUUAUUUUUCUUUACCGCUGGAAAAGAACUGUGGAGGAUUUAGUUUUAUAAUUAUAUUAUGAUAAACGUGUAAAUUUUCAGUACCAUUUUAAAGAUUCACAGUUAUAUUUGCACUGCUGCUUUUCACGCCUGACAAUAACAGGUACAUAGACCACAACCAAAUAAUGUUCUGUUUAAGGUUUUGCACUCGGGAAGUUUUUCAUUGGCUAUUGAUUGACAACAGGUAUGACAUACGGUCUCCUACAGCAAACUGAUAUUGACGGUGAUACAUUGCAAAGGAAGUUUGCAGUAAAAUUGAGCAAAGCAAAACUUCCCCCUGAAUUGAGACUCUUUUUAAAAUAAGUUUGAUGUUUUACAUCCUACAACAGUUUUAAUAUAGACAGAACAUCACUUGAAAACAUCUUGUUAACACGCGCGCUCACCUUUUCGAAAGAAAAGAAAUCGCUCUCAACACAAGCUAAGAGAUCGCUUUUGAUAAGUAGUGAAAGCAGGUGUAUCCACACAAUUGUUCUUACAUUGCCACUUCUUGUUCCUAAUUUUUGGGCUUUUUUAUUGUCAAGACUUGCUCUUUCGUAUAGAGAUGAAAUUGGA